AUGGAGCCCCCGGGCAAUAGGGGAUCAUGGGGCCCCGCUUGUUUAUGCCAAACUCAAAAAAAUGUCUAUGAAAAAUCUAGCAGGGGCAUCUCAUGGGGCCCCCUAUGACCCCGGGCCCUCGGGCAGCCAAGAGUUUCCAAAUGUCAGUCCGCCCCUGCACUGGGCCAAUCACAGUGAUCUCUCAUUCAGGGGCGGACUGACAACUCAUGGGGCCCCGGGGCAAUAGGGGAUCAUGGGGCCCCUGUGUCCUCACCCACACCCCAAAAAGCCUAUGAAAAUGCCAAUGAAAGGUACCAGGGGCAUCUCAUGGGGCCCCCUACUGACCCCGGGCCCUCGGGCAGUGCCCGAGUGCUCGAAUGGUCAGUCCGCCCCUGCUCUCAUUCAACAC